UCCACCUCAGUCCCAGAGCUCUUCGUGAACAGAUGAGAACUUGGUUUUACCCUCCAUGAAAUCUGUUAUUAAAAAGUAAUAUAGUAGCUAAUUGAAGAACUAGAGUGGAAGCAUUUGCUGGAUCUAAGGAACUCUAAGGAUAACUGGUAUAGUGAAGCUGGAACAGCAGUGCAAAAAAGGAAGUACGGCGCUAAAGCAAGGAUGAGUGAGAGGCCCGACAAGCCAAAGCGAAAGGCAUGAGGUGGCAGGAAAGCCAGGAGACCAGACACCAAUUGAUUUCAAUGUGAACACAGAGCCAUGCCGGCUCCAAUGCCAGCCUGGAACAAGAGGACCAAACUCCUGCUCACACUGCUCUUUAUCAUCUACAGCCAUCAGGUAACAGGUUCACUGCUUGAAAGUCUGAUUGCUAAGCGGAAUGAAUACUCGAAGAACUGCAAUAAAACUCUGGUAGCGAGUGCACUCUCAAUAACUGGAAACUACUGCAAAGGAGCGUUUGACAUGUUUGUAUGUUGGCCCCACUCUUCUCCUGGAAAUGUGUCCGUCCCCUGUCCGUCUUUCUUACCGUGGAUCAGUGACGACAAUUCUAGGAGCGCACAUAGAGAAUGCUUGGAAAAUGGGAGAUGGCGACAAAUGGAGAACUCCUCCGAGCCCUGGAGGGAUGUCUCAGAGUGUGAGGAGCACCAUUACUUUAAAGACAAGGAGGAUGAAAUGCUGCGUCAUACAGCCCUCAGGCUCAUCUCUGUCAUUGGCUACUCCUUGUCUUUGGUGUCUCUCAUAUUAGCCACUCUGCUAAUGGGCAUGCUAAGGAAGCUCCACUGUACCAGGAACUACAUCCAUAUGAAUCUGUUUGUGUCAUUCAUCCUGAGAGCUGCAGCUAUCCUUUCUAAGGAGAUCAUAAUGCACAUCAUGUAUUCCAACCUACCAAAGGACGACCCUGGAUGGAACACCUACUCGAGCUCUCCGAUAGUGAUAAUGUGCAGAUUGUCCAAGGUGUGCAUGGAGUACUUUGUGGCCUGUAACUACUUCUGGCUUUUGGUGGAGGCCAUUUUCCUUCAUACGCUGCUCUUCACUGCUGUGCUGACCAAGAGGUGUCUGCUGAAGAAAUACAUGCUGCUAGGAUGGGGAACUCCGGCCUUGUUUGUGACACCAUGGACAGUGGUCAAGAUUUUAUAUGAAAACACAGAAUGCUGGUCCAUUAUUAACAGAGGGUUCUGGUGGAUCAUAAAGGGCCCGAUCACUUUAUCAGUGUUAGUUAUUUUCUUUAUCUUCAUUAAGAUUCUGAUGUUGCUGCUGUCCAAGCUGAAAGCAGAUCAGGUGAAAUUUACCGACUACAGAUACAGCUUGGCCAGAGCAACACUGGUGCUGAUUCCUCUGCUUGGAAUCCAUGAAGUAGUCUUCACUGUGCUGAUAGACGAGUGUGUAGAUGGAAGCAGUCGCUAUGCUCGGAACUUUGUCAACCUCACCCUCAGCUCAUUCCAGGGGUUCUUGGUAGCUGUUCUGUACUGCUUUGCUAAUGGAGAGGUACAAGCUGAACUAAAAAAGCGCUGGCAGCUCUUCUUGUUCACCAACCACUUCAAGGUCAGGACCUGUUUUCGGGGAAUGCCCCUGAAGCACCUGUGGAAAUGUACUCGAGGACAUCAUCCGCGGUGCUCUCGGCAAAGUGACUCCUAUGACGAGGGCGGCAUUUCAACAAUGCACCCCCACCUGCUCCAGGUGGCUGUGCACGGCAGAGGCAGAGUACUCGGAAAAGGAGAAGUUAAGGGUCAAGCGCUGAAUGGCUAUGAUGUGACAGGACUUGAGUUCCUCACCAGGAAGAGUCUAUCCAGUAGCGAUGGUGAGAUGACGCUUGGGGAAACCAUGGAAGAGAUUCUGGAAGAGAGUGAAUUCUGAUAUACAUACGUUUUCAAGAUUGGAUCACCAACAAGAAAACUUGUUUGUUUCAGAGCAGUGGUCCAAAUCCUCAGUCCCCAGGCCUUCGCUGACUAAGGGGACACCAAGGUAGACAUAACUGCACAAUGGGCAGGAAGUUUAAAUGUAUGGAGAAGAGGUUAACAGACACCCUGUGAGAAAACGUUUGCAUUGAGAUUGUAAUUAGAGCAUUCUUCGAAAUAAAAUAGAUUUUUUUUCAUUCAGGGUGAAUUUUACAAACUUGCAGUAUAGAACGUGUUUACUCUAAAUUCACCAGAAGACAAUUUAUCCUGCUGCAUUCCCAGCCACUAAGAUACACAAGCUUCAUCCAUGGCUAUAAAUCCAUUAAUCAGAUUCUUAUGUACUUACAGUAUUCAGUGAAUUCCACACAAUUGCAGGCACGUAAUGUUCACCUUUGAUAUUAGUACUCGCACAGUUAAAGUUAUCCUAUACACAAACAGCAGUGUUAAGCAUUUCUCUGUUUUAUUUACACAAUAUAAUAUGUCAGGCCAGUUAUAAAUAUCCAUAUGAUACAUUUGGAUUGAAUUGUGUGUAUAAAUACAAUGUAUUUGUUGUUUUAAUGUGAAUAUGUGCAGAAUGUUUUGCAAGCUUUUCAUGUUUUCUAUUCUUGUGAAGCUCAAAAUGUAUCAAAGGUGAUGUAAAGGUACAGUAAAACUAUAAGAUGAUUUGUACAUGUAGUGUCACAAAAUAUGAUACUGAUCAUAUAUAGAAAUAAAACGGCAGUUAA